AUGUAUAAAGAACCUCACAAGAGUGAAUGGCUCAAACUAGUGGCCAAGUCACUAACUGGUGAAGCUGUUCAAUUGACAGCAAAAUCAUCUGAUACUGUUGCCACCUUGAAGAAGCAAUUGCAAACCAAGAAUGACCCAUCAUCAUGGGAUCAACUGCUUGUUUUUAAGAAGAAGCAACUACACGAUGAGCAAACAUUGGCUGAUGCAGGAGUAACUGAUGGAACAAUACUGAACGUCGUUCUUUGUCCUCAUGGUGUGACAGGCAUGGGAGCUGAUGCGGCUGAGUUAUUUGUUCGAGCUUUAUCACAAGGAAAAGUCGAAGUAAGUCGAGUGAAGAUUGUCAUUGCUGGUAGAGACAGAACGGGCAAGACGUCAUUUAAACGAUCUGUGCUCAAACUGAAGUUUCAGAUAAUUGAACCGAGCACACCUGUCGCAGUGGCAGAGUUGGCAGUGUGUGAAGCAUCAAACUGGAAGCUUUUGAGUGACAAGGACGAAGAAUUUUUAGACAAACAAAUAGCUAGAGCAACAGUUCAUGUACCGACUGUUUCAAGUGCAAAUGUGUCUGGUAGUCAAGAUGACAACAAAUAUGACAAUGACAAAACAGACUAUGCAGAUCAUCACAGUGAGGUUGAGCUUGGCUUGUCAGUUGAUAGAGAAUCUACAUCAACUGAUACUAAAGAAAGCAGCAUUGACACAGACAAACUUGAUGAAGCAACAGUUCUAACUGGAGGGAUAGCUCGUGCUAUUACAGAUUUCCAAAGUGAUCCUGACCUCUUAAAGCAGGAAGAUUCAAAAGUUCACGUUGCCAUUUGGGAUUUGGGAGGUCAGGAGCCACUUCUUCCUGGUCAAGGAGAAGCGAUCACACCAGGAUGUGUCGUUUGUGUUGUAUUUAACGCAUCCGAGUUUCUAGGUGACUCUGCCAAGUCUUUCUAUUGUCCUUCUGCUAACUCAAAACCAAUUCCAAUCAACAACCACUGGAUAGAGACGAACUAUUGA